AUGGCUCCCAUCAACGUUGGCAUCGUUGGCUACGGCUUUGCCGCUAAAAGCUUCCACUUGCCAUUCAUCACUGCGAAUCCCGACUACAACGUUGCUGCCAUUUUGCAGCGUGCUACAGCGCCGACGGAUCCGUCAACGGCACCGGCAGGCUCACACUGCACCGUUGACUACCCUAAAGCAAAGCAUUACCGCUCAGCAGAUGAAUUCUUCGCUGACCCGGGCAUUGAACUCGUCGUGGUGGCAACACAUGGUGACACGCAUGCACUAUUCGCUGAGAAAGCGCUCACCGCGGGGAAACACGUCAUUGCGGAUAAGCCAUUCACCCAGACCUCAGCAGAGGCAAACGGCAUAAUUGAGCUGGCUAAAAAGAAGAACCUCAUUUUGACUUGUUUUCAGAACCGACGAUGGGACGGCGACUUUCAAACGCUCCGGAAACUCAUCGGGAGCAAUGCGUUUGGGUCCAUCACAGAAGCUGAAAUUCACUAUGAUUUCGAAACGCCGCCCUGGCUGUCGGCAGUUACGGCGGACGAAUAUGCACCUGGUUUGGGCAUGACAUACGGCCUAGGGACCCAUAGUCUCGACCAAGCCGUUGUCCUGUUUGGACGCCCCAAGUCAGUCACAGGUUUCUUUCGUGCGCAACGCGAAGUCGCCGCCAAGGGUGACAAUGCGGAUAUCGAAGACUCGUUCACCAUUAUACUGCAAUACGAUGGCGACCAACAGGGUCUUCUCGUCACUGUGAAGACCUCGAUUAUAACACCGAUGAAUCAGCAACUGAAAUAUCUUGUUCGCGGAUCGGAAGGAUCAUACGUCAAGUUUCAACAACGGAGCACCUGUGUCCAAGAAGAGCAGAUCGCCAAAGGUCUACUUCCCACAGACCCAGGAUUUGGCAUCGAGCCAAAAGAAUUCAAUGGAAUUCUCACCACACUUUCUGAGUUUGACGCCAAAUACCAAAGCCUUGAUCCAGAGACCAACAAGUACUCCGGCCGCUACCCAACGACUCCGGGCCGGUGGCUGGGGGUCUAUGAAAACCUGGCUGGGGCAAUCAAAGGGACUGCGGAACUCGAAGUGAAAGCGGAGCAAUCGCGCGACGGAAUCAGAAUCAUCGAAUUGGCCAGAGAGUCUCACAAGAAAGGCUGUACAGUUGCUUGGUCAUAG